AUGGGACGCCGGGCGCGACGGAAGGCGAUGGCCUCGUUGAGCGACAGCGACCGCGACGACGAGAUGGAGAAGGGCCAUGGAAGCGAGAAGCAUGCAGCGACCGUGGAAGACCAUGCGAAGCGGCUGCAAGACCACGACUACCGGCGCGAGCUGCACGCGGCCGCGGCCGCCGUGCACGAGGACGCGGUCGCACAGAGCCGCCAUGCGCGUCACGCCGAGCGACGCAAGGUCCGCCACGAGAAGGCCAUGGAGCGCGAGCUGGCUCAUCUCGACGAAGAGAAGGAGAGCUACGAAGCCAAGAUGCUCAAGAUCUACAAGAAGCACUCGGCGCGCCGCGAGAAGCUCGAUGCCAAGCGCGAGCACAAGGAAGCCAACUCGGUGUCGAGAUGGACAAGCACGGCCAACGCGACGGCGCGUCGUCUGCUGCGAUGA